AUUGUGUUUGAAGCCGUAACCUCAGGGCAGCGCGGCCUGCUGGCCAUCAAAGACGUCGUGGUCCAGGGCCACCAGUGCAUGAACACACCUCAUUUCCUGACUAUAAAGGGAGUGGAGGUCAACGCCGGUCAGACCGCCUCCUUUCACUGCACCGUCAACGGACGCAAAAGGGACAACUUCCGCCUCUGGCUGCAGGGCAUCGGUGGACGGGAGGCCCCGAUGAAAGCCACUAAACCUUGGAACAAUCGGCGCUUCAUAGGCACUUUCGACGUGGAGAACACCACCAAGGGCGACUCGGGCCGCUACCGCUGCAUCGUCCACUCAGACAAAGGGGUUGGAGUGUCCAAUUACGGGGAGCUCACCAUAAAACAGCCCCCAGUGCCUAUUGCACCCCCUCAGCUGACCGCUGUCGGUGCCACUUAUCUCUGGAUCCAGUUGAACGCCAACUCCAUCAACGGGGACGGCCCGAUCAUCGACAGGGAGGUGGAGUACCGCACAGUGUCGGGCACCAUGUACGACCUGCAGCCCGUGGACAAGACCACACACAAGAUCGGCCAUCUGGACCCAGACACAGAGUACGAGAUCAGCGUUCUGCUGACCAGACCUCUGGAGGGAGGCACUGGAGCCCCGGGACCCCCUUUGAGGGCCAGGACCAGAUGUGCCGAGCCCAUGCACGGCCCACGAAAGCUGGAGGUGGUGGACAUCCAGUCCAAGCAGGUGACCGUGCGCUGGGAGCCUCUGGGCUACAAUGUGACCCGUUGCCACAGCUACAACCUGACGGUCCAGUACCGCUCCAGGGUGGCUGGCAAGGAGGAGACCAGGGAGGAGGUGUGUUACGACACGCAGAGCCGAGAUCCACAGCACACCAUCCACAACCUGACGCCCUUCACCAACCUCAGUGUCAAGCUGGUGCUCCGCAACCCAGAGGGGGUCAAGGAGAGCACGGAGCUUGAGGUUCAGACGGAUGAGGAUGUGCCGGGGGCUGUUCCUCUGGACUCCAUUCAGGGCAGUGCCUACGAGGAGAAGAUCAUCCUGAAGUGGAGGGAACCGGCGCAGACCUACGGGAUCAUCACUCAGUUUGAGAUCUCCUACAAGGCGGUCAGCUCCUUUGACCCCGAGCUGGACCUCUCCAACCAGAGUGGGAAGGUAGUGAAGCUCGGCAACGAGACCACCCACAUGUUCACAGGCCUCUACCCGGGCUCCACGUACUCCUUCACCCUGCGCGGCAGCACAGCCAAGGGCUACGGGCCCCCGGUCAUCACCCAGUUCACCACCAAGAUUUCAGCUCCCUCCAUGCCGGCGUACGAUCAGGAGACGUCUCUGAACCAGACAGACAGCACAGUGACUGUACUGCUGAAACCUGCCCAGAGCAGAGGUGCACCAGUGAGUGCGUACCAGGUGGUGGUGGAGGAGGAACGUCCACGCAGAGCACGGGGCACAGCAGAAAUCCUGCGCUGCUAUCCAGUUCCCAUUCACUUCCAGAACGCCACGCUCCUGAACUCACAGUACUACUUCACCGCUCAGUUCCCCGCCGCUGGCAUUCACUCUCCCCAGCCCUUCACUGUGGGGGACAACAAGACCUACAACGGCUAUUGGAACGCACCAUUGCUGCCCCAGAAGAGCUACAGCAUCUAUUACCAGGCUGUCAGCACAGCCAAUGGGGAGACCAAAAUCGACUGUGUCCGAGUCGCCACAAAAGCCGCCAUUCUCGUGACUCAGCUCACAACCCCCUACAUCCGCAUCGCCCCAGCGGCUGGUGACAACCAACUAACAGGAGCAGCCACUCACAAACCUGACGCGGUGGAACCAGAGAAACAAACCGACCACACGGUGAAGAUCGCAGGGGUCAUCGCCGGCAUCCUCCUCUUCGUCAUUAUCUUCUUAGGAGUCGUACUCCUCAUGAAGAAAAGAAGAACCUAUCACUCCUACACUUACUACCUGAAAUUGGCCAAGAAGCGCAAAGAGACGCUGAACAGCACCCGGCAGGAAAUGACCGUGAUGGUCAACUCCAUGGACAAGAGCUACACGGAGCAGGGCACCAACUGCGACGAGGCGCUGUCCUUCAUGGACACACACAACCACACGCUGAACACACGCAGCGAGUGUGCGCUCACACUCAACGGUCGCAGCGAGUGCACCCUCACCCUCAACGGUCGAGCCGGAUCAUCACCCUCUUCCUUCACGCUGCCUAAAGCCAACACUCUGAGUACAUCCAUCCCCACCAACUCCUACUACCCAGAUCCCUUUGUGCCAACCGCUAUCUUAGUGCCCAUUAAUGACGAGAGCCAGAACAUGGGCAGCGACACCAGCAGCCUGGUGCAGUCGCACACUCACUCCCUGAGGAAGCGGGAGCCGGUGGACGUGCCGUACCAGACGGGUCAGCUGCACCCGGCGAUCCGCGUGGCCGACCUCCUGCAGCACAUCACCCAGAUGAAGUGCGCCGAGGGCUACGGCUUCAAGGAGGAGUACGAGAUAAACGAGAGCUUUUUUGAAGGACAGUCGGCGCCAUGGGACUCUGCCAAGAAGGAUGAGAACCGCAUGAAGAACCGAUAUGGGAAUAUUAUUGCAUAUGAUCACUCCCGUGUCAGGCUGCAGGCCCUGGAGGGGGAACAGAGCUCCGAUUACAUUAAUGCAAAUUACGUUGAUGGCUAUCACAGGCCGAACCACUACAUCGCGACUCAAGGACCCAUGCAGGAGACGGUGUUUGACUUCUGGAGGAUGGUCUGGCAGGAGAACACGGCAGCCAUCGUCAUGGUGACCAACCUGGUGGAAGUAGGCAGGGUGAAGUGCUGUAAGUACUGGCCUGAUGACACUGAGAUCUACAGAGACAUCAAGGUGACGCUGAUAGAGACCGAGCUGUUGUCGGAGUACGUCAUCAGGACCUUUGCUGUGGAGAAGAGAGGAGCUCACGAGAUCCGGGAGAUUCGACAGUUCCACUUCACGGGCUGGCCGGACCACGGCGUCCCCUAUCACGCCACGGGGCUGCUGGGGUUCAUCAGGAGAGUUAAGUCCAAGACCCUGACCAACGCUGGACCCAUGGUGGUUCACUGCAGCGCCGGGGCCGGUCGGACAGGCUGCUUCAUCGUCAUCGACAUCAUGCUGGACAUGGCGGAGCGAGAGGGCGUGGUUGAUAUUUACAACUGUGUGAGGGAGCUGCGCUCUCGGAGGGUCAACAUGGUGCAGACUGAGGAGCAGUAUGUCUUCAUCCACGAUGCCAUUUUGGAAGCAUGUCUCUGCGGCGACACCACCAUACCGGCCAGUCAGCUCCGCUCCGUCUACUACGACAUGAACCGCCUGGACCCGCAGACCAACUCCAGCCCCAUUAAGGAGGAGUUCAGGACUCUGAACAUGGUGACUCCCACGCUGCGGGUGGAGGACUGCAGCAUCGCCCUGCUGCCCAGGAACCACGAGAAGAACCGCUGCAUGGACGUCCUGCCGCCGGACCGCUGCCUCCCCUUCCUGAUCACCAUCGACGGGGAGAGCUCCAACUACAUCAACGCUGCGCUCAUGGACAGUUAUAAGCAGCCCUCUGCCUUCAUAGUGACCCAGCACCCGCUGCCAAACACAGUGAAGGACUUCUGGAGAUUGGUGCUGGACUACCACUGCACUUCCAUAGUAAUGCUCAACGACGUUGACCCAGCCCAG